AUAGAAGCGAAGUCAACAUAAAGUUUCACAAACUCUUGGCUGAUUCAAGCUCGCUCGCGCACAAAACACACACAAACUGACCCGCAGGCCAUUCGCCUUGACAGCCGCGCCCCCCAUCUCAGCACCCAUGGCUUUGUUAAAAGUCUGGACAGAUUGCGCUUCUGUUAUGCCUCGGCGUUCUCUCACGCCGGCGCUGCUGAGGCCCUCCGCGACGCGCAUCAUUGUCGUCGCCUCGGGCUCCAAGAAGGGCCUGACGCCUUACCAAGGACCAAACCGCAUGUUUGGGAAGUUCCGCUGCCCGAAAUGUAGGCGCGGCUGGCAGAGCGGCAAUUCCUGGGCCAACACGGGACAGAUGUGCAAGCGCUGCGACAUCCUGGUCUACCCGCAGAGCCAGAGGCCGCUGCAGAAGAUGGAGGAUGACAACCUGAUUGACAAGAACAAGCCGCACCCGGAGGAGCUGUGCGAGAUGUGCCAGAAGCUGGGCUAUUCCUGCAGACUGAAGCACGUGUGGGUCCCGGACAUGGUUGAUGACAGCGACAGCGACGAUGAGUGAGGAGGCGCCGUUCGUGAGAACGCAACGUGAGCGAGAAGGCAACGUCCGUACAAAUGUGCUUGGCGACAGACGGUAUUGCCGUGCCGCCAAGAGAUCAGGACCUGGGCCUGGGUAGAGGAACAUGGAAAGUUGUUGGGUAUGAGAGUAUGUUGGGACUUGUCGGACUACUUUGGGGAUGUCCUUGCACCACGCUUGCACAUGCGCAUCCAUGGCGCAUUGAGUUCCAUGCUUUCCACAUCUCAAUCCCGCGGGUUUGGUUGAAUCAAUCGUACACGCCAAUCCUUGCUGGUCGGGCCAUGUUCCUUGCUCAGGGGGAUGUAACCUGGCACUGCAAUAGACACUGACCUCACAUUGGUUGCACGUGGAUUGGGCCUAUGCGUACAGUGGCGAGUUUCCGUUGGCCUGGACACAGUUUGUUUGGAUGGCAGGCUGCGGGGGCGGUAGGGGGGGCGGGUGUGCGACGGCGUGCAGCGGGUACGUGCCUCUGGAUUGAAAUAUGUUGAUAUCACUUCUUUGCCGCUCAUGUGUUUCGUGAGACGCUUGAAAUUGUAGCAUGCUUCUAAGUUACGUAUCCUGAACGACCACAAGGUGUGCGUCAGCUGUCGCCCUUUGUCCGGAAUAAUACUUCAUCUGCAUCUUGUUUCCUUUGCGCUCUCAGGAAAUCCGUACGUAAUGAAUUCUUGAGGCAAGUUUGAGUAUGGGGCGGCGAACUAGCGCGGUCGGCGACGAGAAUCUGGACGAAAUCGGCCCUCUCGCCCGCGGGCUGCAACAGCGCCAAGGAUCGUUGGCACUCAACACCAACUACAGCUAUGACAUUCCGGCGCUCUCAUCCUGCAUCAGCGCGCCGGCGCCGGGCAGCAGACAGCAGCUCGCAGGCUCGGGAUGGGACUGGGGCCCACAGAGCAGCCGCCACAACCCGCCUGACAGCUUCACGCAGCACCGCUCCCCUUUGACCGGCAUCUCGCUCGCUACCGCAAGCGGUGGGAGCAACAAGAGUACCGCCGCUAGCCCCCUCGCUACGGCCCCGCUAAGCUGGCAGAGCGUGUGCGAGGCAGGGCGCGCUGAGGCGGACCGCAAACGCGGCCUGUGCCUGCCUAUCGACGAUAGCCCCCAACUGAAACAGUGGCUACGAAGCGACCUGUUGGCUCGACAGGGCUUAUCGCCCGCGGCCCUGUCCCCACGGCCUCAGCCGCUGCAGCCUCACUACAGCCCAGCGCAGCAACAGCCGCAGCUGCAGCACGCGGCACAGCACCCCAACCCCCACCACAACCACCACUAUCACCACCACCACGACAGCGGGUCCGCGCAAGGGGCUGCGGCUGCGAGGUGCAGUGCUGGCGGUGGCAGUGGCACCGAUGGCGUUGCCAGCAGCAUCAGCACCCAAGGCUCUGGCUGCGGAGGAGGAGGCGGCCCCGAGCACUGCUGGCGCGCCGCAGCGCAGCCGCACCCACAGCUCGUGCAACCAGCUUUGCCUGCAUGGUGCAUGGGCGCAACGCGCGGUGGCGGCAGCGGCGGUACUGCUGCUGCUGCAGGAGAGGCUUACGGGGAGGGGCCGGCGGCGGCGGCCGCAUCAGGUUGCCGUACUACGACUGCUCCUCCUCCGCCCUUUAGCCGUACGGCACCGCGCUACCCCCUGCCGUACGAGGCGCUGGGGCAGGUGCCGCCGCCCGUGGCGGAGGUGGCGGCAGCUGCCGGUUUCAUGUGGCCGUACGCGGAUCCCGCAUCCGCCGCUGGCGGCGGCGGCCCCAGGGCCUGCCCGGCUUGGCUUCGGUGAAAUGCGGCUGAGUGCGGUUUGCCGGGGCUGCUGUGUGCUAGGUGGUCAAUGAAAUGAACACAUGGGUUUCUUUCGUUAUCUGGAUCUGGAUCUGGUGAUGAGUGGCAUCUGUGAGUGGCAGCUCGGAAGGCUGCGGUGGCGCAUGUGCGGCGAUGCAAAGGCCGACAGCGAUUAGCCCUGGCACCAGGCACGGCGCGUUAAGCUGUCCCGCGAGAAUGGGCCAAUAAUGACAGCAGUGUUCUUUGCGGGAUUACUUUUCUUUGCGGUGGAUUUCUUCUCUUGGCAGGCCGUGCUGGGGGCAGGAUGUUGCUUGUCGGGCACGGGAUUGGCUGCGUGCCCUCAGCACGAGGUUUGUGCUCCUCCAAAUACAAAGUUUUGCGCGAUUGGGCGGAUGCAGGCUGGGAUGAAGGCAGAGGGCUGAGAGCUAGUGCAAGUAACGCUGGGGUGAGAAGCGCUACUGCCGGGGUAUCAUUUUGCUGUGAGUGUGUGGGGCACGGAGCGUGUGUGGUUCUAGGAUCCAUUUAUUUCCAUGCCAGACGGCUGCUGCGGGCUGCGGGCUGGAGGCGUGCUACACUACGUACGGCGUGGUUGCAGGUUCACGCUGGAGUGCCGGCGGGUCGGUUGCCACCUGCCAAUGACGAGAUGAGCGGAGCGGAUGCAAUGUAACGUAUUUGUGUU